GUCAUACCGACGUUCCUGAGUUGGCUUCCCACUUGGGAUGAUCCAGACGAAGCACCACAUGUUUACGGGUAUUUUGCUGAUCUUAUUGAAAGUAACAAUCCCUUGGUUUUGGGCGAAAAUAAUUCCAAUCUCCCUCGCAUAUUAACUGUUAUUGUGCAAGCCUUUGAAAAAGGAGCAUUUGAUGACACUACCGACAAAGAUAAUGUCAAACAUCGCUUGAUCAACAUAUUGAAGUUCAUGCAGGCGGAUAAAAAUCUUUUUGAAGCGGUGGUUGGUGGCGCAAACUUGACCGAAUCUCAAAUAACGACACUACACCGGUUGCUAGCUUGA